GGGUAAUCCAGGUUCUGCCAGAAGUCAGGCUUCUCAGAGAAUGUUUCAGAAAAAGUUACGUGGAACCGGGGCGUUUCGCAGACUCGCAAGAGCUCUCCCUUCUUAACUGCCUGUCAAUAAGAGACCUUCAGAGAAGACAUGGCUUCCGGAGAAGAGAACACGAAGAGGACAAACAGAGUGCUAAGAAUAAGUCAGUUGGAUGCACUUGAACUGAACAAGGCCCUGGAGCAGCUGGUUUGGUCCCAGUUUACUCAGUGCUUUCAUGGAUUUAAGCCAGGGCUGUUAGCCCACUUUGAACCAGAGGCGAAAGCAUUCCUGUGGCUCUUCUUGUGGCGCUUCACCAUCUACUCUAAAAACGCCACCGUGGGACAAUCCGUUUUGAAUAUACAAUACAAAAAUGAUUUUUCCCCAAAGCUGCGGUACCAGCCGCCAAGCAAGAAUCAGAAGCUGUGGUAUGCUGUGUGUACAAUCGGCGGCACGUGGUUGGAGGAGCGCUGCUACGACCUGUUUCGAAACCGCCAUCUGGCGUCAUUUGGGAAAGCCAGGCAGUGUGUGAACAUCAUGGUUGGACUUUUGAAAUUAGGUGGGCUGAUCAAUUUCCUGAUUUUCCUUCAGAGGGGCAAGUUUGCAACCUUGACAGAACGCCUCCUAGGCAUUCAUUCUGUAUUUUGCAAGCCCCAAAACGUACGUGAGGUUGGCUUUGAGUAUAUGAAUAGGGAACUUCUCUGGCAUGGUUUUGCGGAGUUUCUGAUUUUUCUCUUACCACUUAUUAAUAUCCAGAAGUUGAAAGCUAAGUUAUCCUCAUGGCAUAUUCCUCUGACUGGCACGCCUAGCAGUGACGGUACUUUAGCCACCAGCGGCAAACAGUGUUCACUGUGCGGAGAGUGGCCCACCAUGCCUCACACCAUAGGAUGUGAGCAUAUCUUCUGUUACUACUGUGUUAAGAGUAGUUUCUUAUUUGACAUGUACUUUACGUGCCCUAAGUGCGGCACAGAGGUACACAGUCUGCAGCCACUGAAAUCUGGAAUUGAGAUGUCAGAAGUGAAUGCUCUUUAGAAACUAAGACUGUCCUCUGAGGAAAACUGUAUUGUGUUUAAGUCCUUAAUAUUAGUCAUGCUAAGCAUACCAUUUAGGUAUUUUUAUGAGGGGAGGUGCUUCUCAGCCACCGUCAUCUCUUCCUUUCCAGGCACGACUAAAUUCUAAUCACUAGAAACCACAUGAUUCUAAAUAUAUUAUGUAAACAGUAAUGUAUUACUUUCUUUAAACCAUUGCCUUCAAUUUUUAAUGUUGAGAGGAAUGGGCAGUUUUUGUCAGAGUACUAAAAAGGCUUUCAUUUUGCUCCUUCCUGGAAAGAGGUUAGAUUCUAAAAUAAUUUUGGAGACUCUGGGGUGAGUGUGUAUUUAUUUUCAGAGAUGGCAUUGUAACAUCUUAAUCUUACAAAGAUAAAGCCCUGUUGUUUUAAACCUUAAGAUCUGAUGCCCCUGUUGUAAUUUUAAGCUUUUCACUAAAACCUGAUUGUAAGGGGUUUGCUUGGUGUUCUGAUCUGGCUGGAGUAAGAGUUUCCUGCCUAAUAGUUCUGGCUAAGUCUAGGACUCACAGUCCUUGGUCUGCCUGGGACUAUGUCCACAUUUGUGAACCAGGAAGGAAAACUACUGCUCUUGAUUACUCAGAUGUAGGUGACAACCUCAUGUGUGCCACACGGACCCAUAGUAGGAGAGUAGGCAGUUCACCACAGGAAACUGAGGUGCCUUUGAAAGAAUAGUGGAUGUUGGGUAGGUAAAAACAACAGAUCCCUAUUAGAGUCUACAUUUGCCUUUUUUACCAAAAGCCUGCAUGCAGUCUUUAAUUUUACCAGCGAUCUAAGUUGAUAAGGAUAUAACUGAAUGAUUAACUUACUAGACUGCUGAUUUGAGAGGAUUAAAUAAAUAAAGUCAACACAUUUUGUUAUCAACAA